GGUUUUGAAGAUGUGGGGGGAAGUUCGUUCUCGCCAGAAACUUUUGGACAAAGGGAGUUCUGGGAUAGAGGUUCAAGAUGUAUGUCAAAUCAUCAGUGUAGAGACUUCCCAUUUGCACCCGGUUCCAUGGACGAAAAAAAAAGAGGAAAUAGAUAAAGAUUUAUAUUGGAUCGAGUCUUGCUGAUCUUGCUGGCCAACUGUAAUAGCAAGAGAUCAACCAACUGCUGACUUCACAGAAAAAACACCUGCAGCCGACAAUCACAGCCUUAGGAAUCCGCAAUGUUCCAGUCAUUCUCCGGUGUUCAAUCAGAACCUGCGACUAAUGUAGCAAACCAGCAAAACCAGUGGGUCCCGGGGCCCUCGUUCUCCUCCUGCUCCUACUCCUACAACACCAAUUUGAACCCGGGCCCCUACCACAGCAGUCAGCCCUCCACCUGGCCUUGGACUCGAUGGGAGGUUCAGAAUCACCUGGAGAACUCCAAGUACCACCUCCACCAGACUCAGGCCCAGCAGGUCAAGCAAUACCUAACUUUGGGCAGCAAGCUUGCUAGCCAGGCCCACUCGGUCUGCCAUCCUCACCCGGGCCAGGCCCUGGGAUCGGUGCCAGUCAUGCGCAACGGACACAUGCCGCCCGUGAGCGACAGCAGCACGCCAGGAAGCCCUGUCACCCUGCUCACGCUGGCCAACAAUCACGACAGCGAGUUUCCAAUGGAUGAAGUUAUUGAUGAUCUUAUUAGCCUUGAAACCGGGUUCAAAGAUGGGGGUUUGGAUUGUAUGGAGCCAGGCAUCAUAAUGCAAAAUAAUGUUUCCCUGAACAACAGCAUGCUGGAGGUGUACGGCAUUGACCAAGAACACGACACCAGAGUCCUGGCCAAAGAAAGACAGAAAAAAGACAACCACAAUCAAAUUGAAAGACGACGGCGAUACAACAUCAACUACAGGAUCAAGGAACUCGGAAUACUGAUACCGAAGUCAAAUGACCCUGAUAUGCGCUGGAACAAAGGGACGAUCCUCAAGGCCUCGGUGGAAUACAUUAAGUGGCUGCAGAAAGAGCAGCAGCACGCUCGUGAUCUCGGGAGCCGACAGAAGAAACUUGAACAGGCCAACAGAAGACUCCUGCUACGAAUCCAGGAAUUGGAAAUCCAGGCUCGCGCUCAUGGUUUGCCCAGUAUGGCUGCUUCUAUAGGAGCCGCUGAACUGUCAUCACACCUCCUAAAGCAACAACAGCUGGUCACACCGGCCCCUCCGAGCACCCAGGCCCCGCCGCAGCCAGGCCAGCCACCCGUCUACCCUCAGGAGGACAUGAGGAACCCAGAAUACACUCAGCGGGCACCCUUACCGGCAGCCAUGGUUGCGGGGAACGCCGGAGAACAGACCGACGGCUCCAACACCUUCUCCGAUCCUCUCUCCCACUUCACUGACUUCUUCUGCAGCACCUUGAAAGAAGAGCACCGGCUGGACGAGAUCUUGAUGGACGACCCUCUCUCGCCCUUCGGGACUGACCCGCUCCUCUCCGCCGGAUCGCCCGCCGCGUCCAAAGGGAGCAGCUGCAGGAGCAGCUUCAGCUCAGAGGAAGCAGACGAGCUCUGACCGUCCAGACGCUGGCCUGUAACACUGUGUAACUGACCUCCCAGUUCCGUUGGAUUACAAAGACGACGAGAAUCUUACUCCAAUGUUGAGUCAGACACAUUAAAAAAGGGAGAUUGACUGAUUGAUCUACUGACAUUGACCUAAAAGACUGUCUAUACAGCAAUAACACUGGUUACGUAUGAUCACUGGAUCACCAACUGUAUAUUUCUGAAACUUAAUGGCAUUGUUGAGAUGGACCAGUUUAGAGAGAGAUCUUUUUGUGCCUUGUCCAAAGCAGGCUAACUUUAUUACCACUGAGACCAGAAGCAAUGCAGACGUUAUUAUGCUAUAGGCAAAAAAAACCCUAACGCAUCUUUCUAUAUUUCAUACAUAAUGUAUUUUUCCAGAAACAUACUGUUCAUGUAUUUAUGUUUUAAUCCCUGUAUUCUUAAACAUUUCUUAAUCUAACUUGUUACUUUUUAUAUAUAACUCUAGGGGUGUGGGAAAACACAAUAAACCCCUUUUUGAUAAACUGAACACAUUGUCUCACAUUUCAUUCAUAUCCAAAGU